UGGCCAUGUUACUGACACGGCACGAACGUCGUUCAUCGUCAUCGCGCGAGGUAGUAGCGUAGUAGGUACUCUUUGUAGUUCCGCGUCGGCGGCAACAACGACGAGGACGACGACGACGACGACAUUAGCCCCCAAGUACUCGAACUCGGCGAGAGCCGACGUAUCACGCGUAGCGCGACCCUCGCUCCCAGUAGCCGCGUCAUGUGCGUGUCCCUAGUGCCGCGGGAUUGAGACCCCCUUCGUGUGUCAGAAGGAAGAGAGCCGGGAGGAGGGAAGAAAGGAUCGAGAGAGGAGAGGCUCGUCGGAUCCUCGGCGAGUAUAAUGCAUCCCGGGACGGCGGCCGCAGCUCGCCGCCGAUGCGACCGCGGGCUCCGGAAGAGGCGCCAGGCCAGGUCGUGCCCCCGACCGCGCAGCAACGACUCCGACAUCGCCGUCGGACGUGGAUGAGAGGAGGCGUCUCGCGUCUUCGUGUGCCAGCGGAGGCGCUGCGAACGGCCGCGAACCGCGCGCGUAAUAUUUUUCUCUACGAGGACAAGGUGCAAUGGCUGACGACCGAAAUAACCACCGGGGCUUCGUCACACGGCAGUCACACGUGGUCGGGCAUUCGUCCCCCCCGCCGCCUGCUCCCGCGUCGGUCCCUGGUCCAGGUGGUCCGGUAUCCUCUCGGUCCGUUCAGAAGGAGAAUUCUCCGCCCCGUGGUCCACGAACCCUCCUGCUCAGGCGCAGCGAAAAUGGAUACGGAUUCACGCUCCGGCACUUCAUCGUCUACCCGCCCGAGUCCUGCUGCAUGUUGCCGGGACACGAGCGGACCAAGAUCGACGAGCCCAUGGACACGAUCUUCGUGAAGCAAGUGCGGCCGAAUUCGCCGGCAGCCGAGGCGGGGUUGCGCACCGGUGAUCGCGUCGUCUCCGUCGACGGGAAGCCUACCCGGGGCGAGCAAUACGCCAGCGUGGUGCAACGCAUUCAGCAAGCGGGACCGUGGCUACGUCUUCUCGUGGUCUCCAAGGACGACGAUAUCCUGCAAAAGUAUUUCGGCGAGACGGCGCACAAUCCCGAGACGAAUCAACGACCACGACUGCGUUCCCCGGAGAGGCUAUCGCAGAAGCAACGCAGAUCAAUCAGCAGCAUGAUCCCAGGCUCAUCGCCGGGAACGCGGCAGUCCUGGGUCUGUUCUUUACCGUUGUCCGAGAGUCCGAGUCAUCUCGAGGAGGCAGUGUGCAGGAACCAGCGGGCUGCUUACACGGAUGGCAGAAUGCCGCCGACAACAAUAUCUCAGAUUCAACCGAUCGCAGAAUCUCAGAUGACGAAGGUGUUGCAGCAACAACGGAAGGGUAUGCCGGAUGUAAUGUACGAUUCUUCGGAGGAGUCCAGAAUUCCGGGAAGGAAGAUGCAAUUGCUACACGAGGAUAACUCGCAGUCGAGCGGUCGCUCGUCUCAGGAUUCAAAGUACGAUCUGUACGACAGAACACGGUCCGAGUCGGUGUACUCGCGGCCGAGCAACGAGCAGCUCUACGACAGGAUCAACGAUCCAAUUUACGAGCGUGUACGCGUCAGCGAGCAUUAUCCGCAGCAUCAUUACUAUCAACAGCCGUCUCUGCUGCGUUAUCCGAUGUCGCAGGCGGAGCCGCAGGUGCCAAUCUACCGACCAGUCAAGCGAAUGGUGGCGCGACGCGCCAGCGAGGGCAGCGGGAUCACUAAUGAUUCUGAAACGGCGAGCUACGGCAGCAUCGACGCCUUGAGAUCGAGCGAAUCUAGUAGAUUGAGCAUCGAAUCGAGACGGGACUCCUCGCCUGUUGCCAGCAAAGACAGCAGCACGUCACCCUACGAUUCUAAUUCGACUCUGACCGGGAACGAGUGCUCCGACGAUUCUGUCAUUAUGAAUAGACUGCGUAAGAGCUUCGAGCAGAAGGAGGAAUUUCUGCGGCGACCGAGUCAUCCGAUCGGCUGGUCUUCCGAGCCGCUGCCAUCGCUGCAAAACUUCAACCAAGCCGCGGUGAUUCAGAGGGAAUUUUACGCGAGGCCGCAGAAACUGCAAAGACCAAUCUGGCCACCCGGCCAGAACGAACAGAGACAGCAGUCCCCCACGAGAAGAGCCUCUCUGGAGAGAAACGUUGCUGCCAAGUCCAUCGUGAAUCUAAUGAAUAAGCCGUCGAAUCAGAGCGUGCAGAGAAUAAAAGAUGUAGACUCCAACUCCGAGUAUUCCAAGUCGCGGAACGAUCAACAGAUCGGGGACAAUCAAUCCAUCGUUGAAGACCAUUCUUAUUCGCCUCUCUACGAUAACGAGCUCAUUAUGAAGGAGCAGCAAUACCGAGGCACGGGCAAGGGUAAUUUUGUCAGCAUCCUAUCUAGAAUACACGAGAACGUUAGUACGAAUCAGCAACAGACAUCUCAAGAAGCGAGAAACGGUUCUUCUUCGUUGCCGUCUUCGCCGGGGCCGGACAAGAAGCCCGGCAACGACACCAAGUUUCCGAUACCGCCACAAGGUCUACAGAUCGUAUCGAGACGCGCCAAGCAAUUCGAGUCCGGUCGUUUGUUGAGCGACGAGGACGAGCCUGCUGGCGAUCGGACGAAUCUUUACAAGAGCGAAUUGUCUCGAUUAUCCAACAAGAGAAGUGUACCGAAUGUGGCUGUGCGGAAACGUGAGUUUGAGUCCAAAGCUGAGAGUCAGGAAACAAGAAGAAUACCGGCCAGAGAAACCAAGUCUCUCGAUACUGGUCCAGUAUUGACAGGCAACAGAAUAAUUCCUAUAGGCAGCAAACAUAUCCAUUGCGAGCCACCGGCCGACUAUAGAGAGAGUAAAGACAUGCCUUCCAUGGAGGCAGAAUCAGUGCGAUUGAGGGCACGCAGCAACAGCGCGGAGUCCUGGGAAGCUACGAACGGUCCGGCACGAGGCAGCUGCGCCAGGCACACGUGGCAGACCGCCGACGAGGAAGGUAGCAUCGAGGACGACGCCUAUCGCAAGCAAGAUAGUUAUUUGCAGCCAGCCAAAUUGCUGCAAGUCGCGCCGGUCAAUGGUUCUUCGCCCAACGGCUCGACCAAUAACGCCGUAGUGCUUAGGCGACAGAAGAAUGCACAGAUCACUGACGAGGACCGUGCCACCAGACGAGUCUCGUAUCUGAAGGCGACGUGGGGCGAACGAAUGCACGUUGACAGCGAUCUGGAGCUCAGCGACUCGGAACCCGUUCACAUUCACAGAAGCGCGCAAAGACGAUGGCGGCCGCCGUUAUUUCCGAGCGACAUUACGCCUCUGCGACGCAUCUUUGAGGAUAUGACGCAGGCCGCGUCCUUACAUCGAAACUCUCAUCAUCGCAACAGUAUCGUUGUACCGCAUAAUACAUCAAACAGCUACGAUGCAAAGGAUGCCGAACAGGUGGAACGGGAGGGAAUCCUUCACGUGAAAUUUACAGUACUCGAUGGCAAGCGAUCUACCGAUCGUUCCUGGAAGCAGGUCUGGGGUGUUCUCCGUGGUCCUAUAAUAUAUUUUUACAAGGAUCGUCAUAGUCAGAGUCCUUCGUUGAGCACCGAAAACGAGGGAAGUGCGGGACAAAGCGUCGACGUUAGAUGUUCCGUCGUCGAUGUCGCCGAGGACUACACGAAACGGAAACAUGUGUUGCGAGUGGCAAAUCCUACAGCAGAGGUGCUUUUGCAAACCGAGGACGCGGCAUCUAUGGCGCUCUGGUUAAGGUCACUUCAUUCUCACGCCGCCGCGGAAAGAUCAUCGGAUGCCGUAUCCUGCACGUCGAAACAACAGGCCGUACCACAGACACCGACAGGACCGACGACUCCAAGCGGCAGUGUUUCUCCGAGCAACGGCCAAAAAUUGAGCCCUUUGCCGAAUCACAAGGGCAUCAAGAAGCUAACGUCGUUUAGGAACCGAUCGCCAACGGGACAAUCGCCCGUGAAUAAAACGCGCAAGCCGAGUAAUCAGACGCUGGAACCCUUACCGUCGCCCAAAUCAAAGACUUGGAAGGGAAGGAUGGCAAAACAAUUCAAAAAGAUGCAUAGUCAAGCCGGAGGCGCGCCUUCCUCACCUACGGCGCAAAUGCCGCCUGAAGGGGCUACCUUCAAAGUACCACUCGAACUCUGUCCGCAGUCGACAUUCUCCGAAUACGUACCGCUGAUUGUCGAGAUGUGCACGAGUAUUGUUGAAGCGAGAGGUCUCGAGGUCGUAGGGAUCUACAGAGUACCCGGAAACACGGCCGCGAUCUCCCAGCUUACGGACAGCGUUAACAAAGGAUUCGAGAAUAUCAACUUACAGAUGGAUCCAAGAUGGAGUGACGUCAAUGUAAUAUCAUCAUUGUUGAAGUCAUUCUUCCGUCAACUUCCCGAUUCCUUGCUUACCGCAGAGUUGUAUCCCAUGUUUAUUGAUGCCGAUAAGAUAGAAGAUCCACAGAGACGAAUGAUCACGAUACGGAAAUUAUUGCGAGAUCUUCCAGAACAUCAUUUUGAGACGCUAAAGUAUUUGAUGCAACAUCUGAAGAAAAUAGUCGAUCAUAGCGAGAUCAAUAAAAUGGAAGCCAAGAAUCUGGCCAUAGUUUUCGGACCAACGCUGGUGCGAGCGAGCGGUUCUAGAGACAAUAUGGUUACCAUGGUUACCGAUAUGUCGCAUCAAUGUAGAAUAGUCGAGAGUUUGUUGAAUAACGUCGAUUGGUUCUUCUCGGAGGAUGAUCUAGACGACUUGAGCAGAUUGAGCGUAAAUUUAAGCCUUCCAACAGAUAGUUGCGAAGUUGAGCCAACAUCCAAUCACAAUCUUCUAUUAAACAAUAUUCAGAAAGUGGAAGGCUCACGCGACAUGGCAUCCGCUAAGGACAUUGUAUCAUCAAUCAUAUCUGCGGCUAACAAAAAGAUUCAAAGAAGACGAAAAAAUCAAGACGAAAUCGAUAAUAGUGAACAUGAGAACGAUAAGGCCAAAUCGAAGCAAGAGUUGGAGAAUUCGCCGACAAUUCGACAGAGUAUGGCUUUAAACGAACGGCAGUGUUCCGUCAGCGAAAUCGUACAGAUGCAUGAAAGCAAGACUCAUCAAUCGAAUCAUUCUACGGAUCGUUCCGAUCGAUCCCUAUCGGUCGAUUCUAAUAAUAUCAGUGGUACGUCGAGUAACGGAGCAUCCCCAUCGAAUCGUUCCAAGUACGCGAAUCAGUCUGCACCGCCGUCUGUGGACUCUUCAAGACUAUCGAGCGAGACUGGUCUAAGUUCAACGGAAACAGGCUCCACUGCAUCCGGCGGAUCUAACCAGACGAGGCAGAGCAAUGACGAAAUAGCGAUACUGACGUACACCGGUUUGAGCGCGACCACACAGGAGAGAGUGCGGAAAUUCGAGGAAGAGACGAAGGCGAUGUUGCAGAGGGAUCAACAUCGACAGCGGCUCGAAGCGGAGAAGCGAGAGGAGGAGAAACGAAGAAUCGAAAUAGAAUGGCAAUUGGCGAAGCGAGAGAUGGAGAACGACGAUCUGCUCGAUAGUAUAGUCGACACGACGGUAUCGCCGAGUUUGCUGUCGGAACGUCUGUCCAGUUUGAACGAGAGACUCGCCGAUGAAUCAUUGCUGGACCUAUCAGAAAGAUCGCAAGUCAGAUCGCGAUCGACCACGAGACCACCACUGUCAAUAGCCAUGCAACAGCAAUCCGCGACGCACCAGAAAGCGCAAGCAACCAAUCAACUGACUAGUUUGUUAGGGGAGAAGAUGAAUAACGGCGUCAUUAAGAAGUUCAAGACGGAUAAGGACCCGUCAACAGAGUCGAUCUGUUUACCGCCAGUUCGAUACGGCAGUCUGGAUUCCUUGCACGAGGUUCACAAUCUCUCGCAGUCCUCUCCGUCACCAUCGCAGCAGCAACGAGGCAUUUCCGGCGAUGGCUCAGACGAUGGUAGCGACCUUCUAACCAGCCUCACCACCACGUUCGAUCGCAAAUGGAGGUCUCUCGUCAAUCAAUCGUCGACUCAAGCGCAGUCUCCUCCGGAAUCCGCGUCCCAUAAUAAGGAUGGCAUCUCCGUGGAGCGGGAGCAAAAGCCGAGCGCGUCCCCGAAAUUCCGAUAUCCAUCUACGGAAGCCUAUCGUAAUCCCAGCCUUCAUAAAUCGCUCGACAAGUGCCACAUCUCCCGCCCAAAGGACGACGCUCCCGAGAAGGAUACCGAUUCUACGGUGAUCGACAAUACUCCGCAUUCUUCGGAAUCAAUCAUGCCGAAUAACGAUAAGCAGAGGCCGGACACGAAUCACGCCACGGAGAAAACGAUGACGGAGAAGACUCCGGAUUCGAGCGAGAAGGACGAGGACGAUCGGAGGGAUGCAGACGAAGAGGGAGAUUAUCCCCGCGCGGGAAACCCAAGACAUUACGAAUCGACGAGCGAGAAGAGUAGUAGAUGCUCGGAGAACGAUGUCGAUGCAAAAUUGGACGCCAAGGUUCAUCAUUACGAGACCGGAGAUUCCAGUUAUUCCAACAAGCUGAAAAAAUUUGAAAGCCUGACGAGCUCCGAGGUAAGAUCCCGCCUGAAACGAUCGGAAUCAUUGAACAAGAGAACGUCCGAAAAUACUUGCUCCCGAUUAAAAAGAUCGGAAAGCUUGAAUAAGCACUCGACCGAGAGGCCGUUGCUGCUUAAACGAUCCGAGAGUCUGAACAAACAUUCCGGUGAUAGAUCGGAGUCGCCAGGCAGCAGGCUGAAACGUUCCGAAUCGCUGACCAAGACUGAGAAGACCGAGUGUAACAUCAGCAAGCGGCGACAAUCGGUGCGGAAGGAAAGCGCCACGAAGCUAAAGCGGAAGAACGGAAUGUCGGAACGGUCGAUUAAACGGAGACAUACGGUCGGCGGUACCAAGGAUUUUGACAAGGUGCAUUGGCUCGAUAACAAAUUACAGUCCGAGGCCGAGAGGAUCAUCAGAAGCGAUUACAGACCGAAGAAGAGCCAGCUUAGAACCAGCUCACCCGAUCUGAGCGCCAAUCGCGUUGGCAUGGCUGACACGAGCUUCUUGAUCGAGGUGAGCUUUCGUGGACCCAGCAACGUUGUCUUCAACGUAACCAACGCCGCGAGGCCGCAGUCAUUGCCGGAUGCGAAUAUCGCGUCCAAGGUUUUCAAGGUGCCCCUCGAGAGCCACGUAUAAUAUAUGCUCGAAUAAAUUACUCGACAUUUUCUAUUCAUUUUUGAAUAAUACAUGCAACAUUGUUGCUGUACCUGCCGUCAUUUUUAAUAUCUCUGUACCGGUUUAUAUCCUUGAAUCAUAUCAACUUUUAUAUAUAUAUAUAUCUCAUGAUAAAAUAUCUAAAUAUGAUAAAAAUAUCUUGAUAAUAAUCGUUUAAAUUCUCGUUUGCCGACAUGAUUCAUUGAUUGUCACUCGCCAACGUGCCAAAGAAUCAUCACUCUAUGAAUCGUUAUCAAUAAUUCAUUUCAUAAUAAUUAUAAUAAAUUGAAUAUGAAAGAAUUUAGACACUAUCAUCUUCUACACAGUUUUUGACCAUCGAGUUAGAUUAAUGUACAAUGCGAGGAUCGUUGCAACGCGAAAAUUGCUUUGUAUUAGACUCUAUUUUAGAGAAAAAGACAAGGACACUCUCUUUACCGAUCUAAUGGAAAUAGCAAACGCUAAAUGGCAUUGGAGAAACGUAAGAAAGUUAUUUUAGCAGUUUUAAUUGCAUUAAUUGUAGUAUUUGCAUCGUGUCAAUUAUAUACGUAUUAUCAUACUUGUGAUUUGUGAUUGUGACAUCUUUUGUACAUAAGAUAUAUGUAUAAUGCGGGAUAUAUUAUAUAUGAGCCGAUUGAAUAUUAUUAUAUAUUCAAUCGGCAUAAG